AUGGCGUUCGAUCGUAUAGUUCGGUUCUACCGGUCGUGCCUGUUCCAGAUCAUCAUCGUGGGACUGGUCGCCUUUUGCGAACCCGGUAUUUGGACUGCUCUCAAUAACCUAGGAGCAGGAGGAAACGCCAAACCUUAUCUAAACAAUGCUGCCAAUGCCUUGACAUAUGGACUCAUGUCAAUUGGCUGUUUUCUUGCCGGCGGCGUCACCAACAAGAUCACAGCGAAAUGGACUUUGUUCAUUGGAGCUGCGUUCUACACUCCAUAUGCCGCUGGUCUUUACUGCAACAACCGCUUUGGCAACGAAUGGUUUCUCCUACUCGGCGCCGCGCUUUGUGGCAUUGGUGCCUCGCUUUUAUGGGCCAGUGAGGCUGCUAUUGCGGUUGGAUAUCCGGAAGAGGAGAAAAGGGGACGAUACGUUGGAAUUUGGAUGGGCAUCCGGCAAAUGGGACCGCUCGUGGGCGGUGCGAUAUCGCUUGCUCUCAAUAUCAAAACUGCACAGGCUGGCAAAGUCACCUACACAACAUACCUAGGACUCGUUGCCAUUUCAUCUCUUGGUGCACCGUUUGCAUUGCUGUUGUCGCAGCCACAAAAUGUCAUCCGAAGCAAUGGCACCAAGAUUCCGUACAUGAAAAAGACGAGCUUGGUUAUUGAGGCUCGCGCGAUCUGGAAGCAGCUGUCGAAUAAGUACAUGUUGCUACUCAUCCCGGUCUUCUUGGCUGGACAAUUUGGUGUCACUUAUCAAGGGAACUAUCUCACAACAUACUUCACCGUCCGAUCCAGAGCUCUUGCAUCUUUCCUGACAGCCGUGGUCGGCGCUACAGCCAAUAUAACCACGGGUCUGCUACUAGAUAUCAAGGCCCUCUCCCGACCAGCCCGGUCCAGAGCUAUGUAUAUUUUCAUCCUCACAUUCGUCACAGCAGCUUGGAUAUGGAUGGCUAUCGUCCAGACAACACUGUCGCGCAAGACCGACCCACCUGCGUUCGACUUGGGGGAUGGCCCAUUCUUCAACUCCUCUUUCACCGUCUACCUGUUUUUCAAAUUCUUCUAUGAGGUGUUGCAGACCUACAUCUAUUGGCUGAUGGCCGAGAUCAAAGGAGCACAGGCAGACGGAGAUAUCGCAAGAACAACCGGCAUCCUGAGAUCGUGGGAGUCUAUCGGCAGUACGAUUGCUUAUGCGGUCGGCGCCACUCACUGGCCAAAUUUGAAUCAGAUGAUACUGGGAUUCUCGCUUUGGGCCUUUACAAUCCCAUUCACACUGCUUGCGGUGUUUGGUAAUUUCAAUCAGCCCCAGGACCUCGAGGAGGAACAAUCUGAUACUAGUUCCUUGGAGGCGCAGAGGGUUAUGGUUAGUUCUGAAGGCAAGGAAUAA